AUGUCGGCAGAAACCCUCGGCGCGAAUCAUACCACACAACCGCGCAAGAAGCCGAUUCGAACAUAUGGCAGACGAUCUGUCGCCGUCGCCGUCGCCAAACAUGACUCCAAACCUUCGACGCCGCGACAGCUGAGUCCCGAAGACACACCAGCACCACAGCUACCAACGCCAAGCUCACCAGCUACCGUUACUCCGUCUGCCGAAUGCCCAAAGACAAGCGCGCCCAAGUCCGGGUCGAUACUCUCCUACUUUAAGGCAAAACCCAAGACACCUGUGCCUCUCAUCAAAGCGACUACGCCCGCACCAUCUGCUGCUACGGAAGAGCUGGUAUCGACACCUCCUUCGCCGCCGCCUUCCAGCACCGGACAGAGAAAGCGCCGCAGAUUGACCACCCGUCCCACCUUCGACGAUGAAUACGACGGCGAAGACCAAGCGGGCAAGAGAACGAAAGAAAAUGGAGACGAGACACCGGGAAUGGAAAAUGGGACACCGCUCGAUACACCUUCAGCCUCACAAACCGAGACCGACUCCACGGGAACAACAACGUCAAGUUCGAAACAGCUUGCGGCCCAAAAGAAACGGCCAGCAAAGACUCCAACAAAGGAAAUGGUCCAGACCACACUGAGCCUCGCCAUUGGCGAAUCAAAACCCCAGUUCAUUGUUUGCAAAGAGUGCAGCAUGCUGUACAACCACCUAAACGACAAGGACAGAAGAGACCACAAGAGGGUGCAUGCGGCUUAUGUCCGGAGCAAAAACAAGGAAACCAAUUCGUGA